GCAUCGCACGGACCCGCGCAAGAGUCCCUUCGACAUUUCUGUGGCUGGUCUGGACGGCGAGGCCAUCUUGAAGCGAGCGCUGAAGAGCCUGGACGAUCGUCCGAAGGACGACUUGGCGGAGAAGUACGACCGCACCACCCCCAGCUGGACGCUGCAGCCACGGAACGACGCCAAGAUGCGCGAAGCUUACUGCGACAACCUCUACGGCCCGUGGUCAUCUUUCGGCUAG